AUGACACUGUGGAAUGGCUCCUACCCCUUCUACCCCGGUGCCAAUGCCCGUUUCCCCUUUGACACCACCCGGGCUGUCAUCAUCACCAUCUUCCUCUCCAUGUUGGCCACUUUCAUCAUCAUCCUGCCGGGGAUCAGGGGCAGGGGGCGACUCUUCUGGUUCCUGCGGCUGGUGAUGGGACUCUUCGUGGGAGCAGUGGUCCUCACCAUACAGUUCACCAGGGACUGGGAGACUGGCUGGGUGCAGACAAACACCUCCUACAAGUCCUUCAGCCGUGCCGUGGUGAAUGUGGACAUCGGGCUGCACAUUGGCCUGGAGGGAGUGAACAUCACACUCAAGGGAAACCCAGUGAAGCAGAUCAAUGAGACCAUCAACUACAACGAGUACUUUUCCUGGAGCUUCGAUUCCAACUAUGACCGCAGCUACACCGAGGGGCUGGAGAAGGGGCUGCCCAGCCCCAUCCUCUACGUGGCAGAGAAGUUCACCUCGCAGAGCCCCUGUGCCGUGCACAGGCAGUACCGCAUCUCCGGCCACUACGCCUCGGCCACGCUCUGGUUGGCCUUCUGCACAUGGCUCAUUUCCAUCUUGCUAUUCUCCAUGUCCAUCCUGCUCCGUGGUGGUUACAUGCUUUUGCUCACUGCCGCACUGAUCCUCUUCUCACUGCUCUUCUUCUUCACUGCGAGGAACACCCCCAAGUGCCCCAUCCAGUUUGGCCCAGUUUCCUUGAAAACAAACUAUGGUGAAUCCUUCUGGCUGGCAUUAGUGACAGGGCUGCUGUGCCUGCUGCUGGGUUUGGGCGUCAUCAUCCUGAACUCCGUAGAGCCGGAGAAGCUGAAGCUCAUCUUUAACCUGGGCAAGAAAAAGGGAGCAGAGGAGGUGUGGGACAAGCCCUGCCUGCUGGCCGAGCCCAGCUGCUCCGUGCAGGACGUGCUGAUGGUCCCACCAGGCGAGCUCUCCGAGGUGACAGCCACCCAGCUGUGA